AUGCGACCGUCAAUAUCGGUCGACUCGGUCGCCUCUCUGUUUUGUGUUGGCUUAUUAGCGUCAUUUACAUCCGCAUUAGCGUUGCCCGCCGAUCCUGUCCCCAAUCCGCCGAGCGCAAUCAAUAAUAAUGACAUCAGUUCAUUACACCUUGGACCCCGAACUGUUGAGGAACAAUACACUCUCCGAAUUAUGCCAUUGGGCGCAUCCAUAACCAGCGGAUAUCGAUCAACACAACAUAAUGGCUACCGAGAUUGGAUUCGACAACAACUGCGCUAUAAGGGGUGGGACGUGGAGAUGGUAGGAAGUUUGCGAAAUGGCACCAUGAUUGAUAACUAUAAUGAAGGUCACUUUGGAUACAGGGUAGAUCAACUACCCAAAAAAGCCGAGUUGACUAUUCCCAAACAACCUAACUUAAUCCUUAUCAACGCUGGCACAAAUGACGCCUUACAAAAGUAUAAAAUCCGCUCUGUGGGAAGUCAAAUGAGUUCUUUACUUGAUCUCCUAUUCGACCAAAUCCCAGGAACCACUAUCAUUUUGUCAACGCUUUUGCCAAACAAAGAUCAGCCCACAUUAGUCGAAAAUAUCAAUGGGCAAUAUCGAAGGCUAGCUGCCAAACGCCGUGAGGAUGGCGACCGAUUAGUCUUGGCUGAGAUGAGCACUUUCAUCAAGGCAGACGAACUGGUUGAUGCCACCCAUCCAGAUGAUGCUGGAUAUAAACAAAUGGCAUCUGUUUGGUGGGCAGCGAUCGAGGUGGCGUUUCAGGAGAACAAGAUCCAAAACUUCAACUAUACCAUGACAAGUGUGCUUGAAAAGUCGUUGGAUAACAGCACCAGCAACCCUCAUUUGCCUUCAUACACAGCGCCUGCUCAGCCUACAGAUACGAGUGCUGCUUCAUCGCAAUUUUCCUGUCCGACUAUGCUUGCCCUGGUGAUGCAACUCUUUGUUGUCUUUUAUUUUCUGUGA